UCCUGGCUCUCCUGAGAGAGGACUUGGCUGCGUCUCUGCAAUACCCACAUCAGUCUCUGCCCACCUUCACCCCCUGCUCGAGGCUGGUGCUGCAGGACGCGCGUUUGCCUCCUCGGGCAGGCGGUACAAGCUGGCUUUGUUCCUAAAGGGCUGUUGGGGGACACGUGCCCAGCUCCUAGAGAGCAGAUGUCCACGUGCCAACACCGGUACCGCCGUACCUGGCCUCUUUGUUUUCAGAGAGACAAAAGAGAAAAUGGGUCUUGGAGACUGGCAGGUGGGGAAGAGCUGGUGGUACCUGAGGGAACCUGCACAGGGUAUUAAAAGCAGAAUAUUAAUCUCUCCCGUUGUAAUCUGCAGAGGGUAGCAGGGGGAAAGCUUAGGUGUGGACUAACAUCACUGGUUAGGCUCACAGCCCAUUGACCUCAUUUCCUGAUCCCCAGUUCUGCGGGAGGCACGGCCCCAGAUCCACGUGCCCCUGUUUUGGUGCAGCCCUGGGGCACGUAAGUUAUCCUGGUGCUACUUUCCAUUUCAGCUAAAACUAGUGAGGGAGGAAGCAAACAGCCAAGACCAGCUGCACGGAGAUUAGCCCUUUGAUUUGCUGCAGAUGACUUGUUUUGCUUAUCACAGCUUAUCACAGCUGUGGGAUUUUUUUCCCAUGCUUUUUGCAGUAGGCGGCUCAUAAAGGCGUGAAGCUGGUCUCGCUUCAGUUCUGUGUGUGGUAGCAGCUUCUUGGCCAGGGACCCAGGCACAGUGAAAAUGUGAUCUGUGAAGAAGGGGGAGUGCUGCAAAGUCAGAUGUGGUUCAGGGCUGUGAAAAACACCUGCCAAAGCCUUGUCCGUUCCCAUGUUUCGUAGUUUCCUUGACUGCAAUGCCAAAAACAAGCCACAAAAGGAAGUUGCAGUUCAUACAGGGUCUGAAAGAUCUCAGUUUACUGGGGGGAUAAGUAUCAUUUUUACCACUUGGUAAGCUGGGGAAAGGGCAUAAAGAGUCAAUUUAAUUGUCCUUAAACUUACAGGAACGCUCUGGGAGAGGUAGGGCUGGCGCCUGCAUUGCUUCCCUCCUAGUCCAGGAUUAAGCUGUGGUCCUGGCGGGGAAGCAAGCAGCCAGCCGGGCUCGUGCUGGGCGAGUAAGUCAUGCUGAAGCCGUUGGGUUACUCUGGCAACUGCCCUGCACCUCUUCUGUCGCUGUGCUGAUUUCAGGUGAGCAGGGAACAGGGUUGGUGCAGCCCUGUGGCCAGGAGCAGCAUCGCUGCUUCCCUAGUGAGUUCUGCGGUCUGGCAGGGGGUUAAGAGGGGAGAGGAGUUGCACACAUACGUAUCUGCUUCCCUGGACCUAACUGGACUGCGUUCGCAGAGUCUGCCUGCAUCUCAUAGCUUGAGAAUGCUCUAAAUAGUGUCUUGCUGGUGGCAACAGGUCAGGUGCUACAUUCUUGAUGUUUAGGUUUCUAACAUGGUGCUAGAGAAGAUGCUUUCCUGGGUGUGAGUUAAAGAGUGUGGCUGAGCCAGCGAUCGGGUCACUGCUGAAAAGGGCCGGCUCUCUUCCCUCCUCCUCCUCUGCGUUCAUAAGCACGGGCCCCUGCUGUGUUUCCCUUGUGCUUGCUCCAGUGCUUCUCUGAUCCCCCCGUGUAGGUAACAGCCAGGUUACUUUUGGACAGAAGAUUAAACAGACAGAAAACUAACCCAGCAAAGGAAGUGACUUGUUUCCUGCAGCGGUAGGGAGUUGAAUUGGCUCAGCACAGGACUGUUGGCGCUACAGAGCCGUCACAAGAAAUGAAGCAGGAGGAUGGGGAUGGCAGCAGAGCUCUGCACAUCCCCUUUUGGCAGAAGUGAACCAUGAGGUUCUCUCACUUGUGUCCCCCGAAUACGCCCGUGGUCAGCAGGAGCGGAGCGGCAGCUUGGGAAGUCCGUACCGAUCGUCGGUAACUGGGGCUUGGCUGCUGCUUCUCAGGGCUGGGAGGCCGAUCCUAGGGGCUUGUGUCCCAUGUGGGAGAGUUCGCUGUAGGUACCUGGGUAGGCCAGGUGCUUGCUAUUGUAAUAAUGUUUGAUCUUGCAAGAUCCCAAUCCAGAGGUGAUGUGACUUGCAAAUCAGGGAGUGGGUGUCAUUUGCAAAUUCCCCGCAGCAGGGCAGGGUGCUGUUGGGAUGUGAAAUGUGACUUGUGUGAAGGUAUCAAAUGAGCCUUCCAUCCCCCGCCUCCCAUCAACGUGCCUUUCCUCCUUCAAUCCUCCACAAUAAUUGUCUGCUCUGUUACAGGUCUUGAUUUCAGCCUGUCAUUUUGCGUGUAAAUUACUGGGUUUGAAGGCGAGUUCAGAUCAAGAUCAGAUGUGAGUUGCAAGGCCAGGAGCUGUUCUGGAGCAAUCUUAUGGUGAACACUUUUUUUUCUAGAGUAAGAGAGCCUGUUCCGGCUUAGUUGAAUCCAUUUUCAAGGAGAUUAAAUAAUACCAAGACAGUGUCCUUUUAUCUCAGGCUGAGAGUCUGUGUCUGCUCUUCAGAAAUAGCUUUUCCAGAGAAGCUGGGUACGGACUGUACGUGCACGCUGGUGUGCAAUAGUCAGCAUUGCUUACGUUGCCUCUGCAGUUGUGUCUGGGAGAUGAAUAACAGCUUUUUGCUAAUGGAUCUCAUGUCAACAGGGGUGAUUUAGCAAGGAAGACUGCAGUGCAUUAGUUGCUAUGAUUCAGACUCACUCAGCCUUGUCCUGAUCGUUUAUUGGUUUAUAAAUUAAACUGCAGAUGUUGCGUCCCGUCAGUGCUGGCAUGCGGAGGAUCCUGAAAGGGGUUCUUCCCAUAGCGUUGUCUCGGAAAUCUUUAAAUUACUGCCUUGGGAGUCAGGACAUGCAGGUUGUAGCCCCAGCUCUUAGAGCAGUGAUGCCAGCCAAGCUGCCCUGGCGCCUGUCAAAGUCACGGCGUGACUCUGAUGAGGAAUCGAGGCUCUCGUGGCAUCUGCCAAAAGCUCGCCAGCAGCCUGCGCCUCUUGGUGCAGCGUCCUGCGUCCUCAUUUUCUGAGCGGGGACCAAGUCCCUCGAGUUUCUUGUAGGCAAUAAAAUGCCGUCCACAAGAUCUUGGUGAGCAUCGUGGGGAAAUAGAUGCUGGCUGCCCCUGUGCUGGAAGGAUCUGUGCUCCUCGUGUCGUGGGGAAGAGAGAGGCAGCAGGGACCGGUGUGGGCCAGGGCAGGGAUUUGCGGAUCUGUGCUGGUCCCUGCUGAUCUGCAUUGAAAAGUUACUUAGAAGUGAAAAAGAUGUUUUUCUGAACAGGUAAUUCUCCAUUCUCCUGGAGAGCCAAGAGACAGCUGGGCUGGUUUUGUCUCAGGGCUCUUCCCUAGAAAUUCAACAUCUGCCCCUUCCUGGAGCGAAACGCUUUGUCUCCUUUGCGGCUCAGCCCCAUCCUGCUCCAGGCUGGUAAUGGCACUGGUGUGUCUCACGGAGUAUACAGCAGAGAGGUUUGUCAGGGGCUUCAGCUUGCUUUGGGUAGGUUGUGUUUGAACCACAGGAGCUCUUUAGAAGGAGCCCGAGGUGCAAGAUAAUUCAAAUCUAAGGCUAAAAUGUGUCAGACGAUCUCCUGCUGCCUUGUGUUUCCUAUUCACUAAAGGCACACAGGGCAGCUGUAGCAGCUCAGCUCCUGCUUGCACGUCUGUAUUACGUGCUCCUGGAUGGGAGAGCCAAGCCAGGAAGGAUUUUCUGUACUGAAGAUACCGAUAUUACAGCAACUGCGGGCAAUUCAGGUUCGGCGCUGGUAAAAAUGCUGAUUAGCCCCACAACAGGGUCAGUGCUGCUGGAUCUCUUGCCUCACCUGCAUGGAGUCCAAUUUGGGGUGGUUUCCUACCUGCAGGUCAUCUCUGUAGCUGGGUGCGAGCUCUCUAAUGAAGUGGUGGUUGGUCUCUGUGGCGGAGGCAGAGCGACGGCAGGAUGUGUGAAGGGCCAUCCAGGAUUUCUGGACCCAUUCCUCCAGACCCUACGCUCUUUCCAAACUAUUACAAACGCCCCUUCUCAGCUCGAGGGAGGCUGGAAGGGAAUGCUCAGAAGCUGGAUUUUACCUCUGGGCCCCUGGACCCGUUUCCCAACGCAUACCCAGCUUUGGGCAGCGCCCGCCAGAUCCAGCCAGCCCCUCGCAUUCGCCCCAGUGGAAAGGACUUCCUAGAGAAGGGACAGAGGGGAACGCUCAGUCUCCUGCUGCAGCUCGAAGGGAUCUCCCUUGGCGGGGCACUGCCAGUCAAGAGGAAAGAGUCCAAGGACCACGAGAAGGAGAAUGUGAGGCGGAUAAAGGAGAUUCAGAAGAAGUGCAAAGAGAAGGAGCGAGCCCAAGAGCACAGCCAGCCCAAGCCUGUGAAAGCUCUGUGGAAAUCCCAGAAAUAUGAAAACGUGGAGUCAAAGGUGAAGGCUAAACUGCAGGAGAGCUCCCCACCUCCAAAUCCAGAGGCUCUGAAAUUCCUGAGGGCAUAUUCUCGCUGUGGCCCUGGGAUCAAGCCCUGCAGACCGCUCUCCCCAAGGCCUGCCAGAAUGAAAGCAGGAGCAGACACAGAGGUUCCAGCGGCGCUGGGUGCUGAAACCAAGAUCCAGGUGGAGGGCAAGAGCAUCGACUUCAUUAAGCACAACGCCCGCAACGCCAAGCGGGCCCCGCUGCGCCGCUCCCAGUCCCUGCAGGCACUGGCCGAGCUGCUGGAACAGAAGCACCGGGAGCAGGAGGAGUACAACACCAAGCAAAAGGGCCACGUCCCCCAGUACCUGCUGGAGAGGAAGGAGCUGUGGCGCAGACAGACGGAGGAGCGGCUGCGAAACCUGCCAGAUCCCGACACGCCACCCGGUCAUACCAUGAUGCCGGAGGGCCAGCGGCUGGAGACCCUGGGCGAUCUGAAGCAGAGCCAGGACCAGCUGAUAAAGGACCUGGUGAUGCUACCAGUGCGUGCAGACACCCUCAGCAUGCAGAAGAGGCGAGUAGAGCUGGAGAGGAAGCUCUCCCAGAUCGAGGAGGCCAUCAAAAUUUUCUCAAGGCCCAAGGUCUUCAUCAAGCUGGACUCCUGAGCCGGUGGGACUGGGCGUGUUGUGCUGCUCUGCGUGAACACCCUUCAUCGCUGGGAAGGGACGAUCGUCACUUUGGGAGGGAAGGAGAGGAAGGCAAGUUCAGGGCCCUGGGCCCGUACAGGUGCCGAUGCAGCGUCCAGCGUGCAGCCGGCAUUUCUUGCUCGCCCUCCAGCGCUGUGUCUUGUCUGGGGCAAAGGGAGGGACAUGCCGUAAUACACUCUCCACUCUGUGGUCUGGAGAA